GGCGCGCACGUCGCGUCAGUUGUGAUUCGCUGUCAGUGUCAACCGCGCGUCGAUUGUGCGCACUCACAGUGCGCCUUGAUAUGAGCGGGCGCACCUGGCCUCGCGAGCACUUGUGCAACCGAUUUGCCUCCAUUUCACCAUGACACAAGAGGAAUUCUGUACUUACCUUGCUGACGAGCUGCAACAACGCUCCGACGACGAGGAUGUCGUCAUCAGGAGGGACCGCACCAGUGUCAAGGAAAUGAUACUGCGCUUCGAGAAGACGUCGAUGACCAACCUCGCGGGCUCCACUGAAUCUUUAGAAAGAGUUAAAGACAUAGACCUAGACAUAAACUUAACGAGUGUGGUAAACCCGGUGCAACUUCAUAUUCAAAAUUUGCAUCCAGUGAAUAGAUCUCAUGACCGUAACUCAAAUGUAUCGGUGAAUUCGAUUUUGUCCAAUGUGUCAGAAAUUAGUUAUGAAUCGAAUUCAUCAGGUUUUGUAUCCGAUCGGAAAUCAGGUGUGGAGAGGCUACGUCCUCAUAGGCCUGCACCACCGCCUCCGGAGCCAUUUAACGAUAACUCGUCCGCUGAAAGUAAAUCCCCCAGGUCCGAGGUGGUACAGCCGCCGAGACGAUUUUCCUUCGCGACACCGAACUCUUCCCCCGUUGUUCUGCGUCGACGCCAACCUCCAGUUAUACGGAGGAAAUCAACUGUUUCCAAUCAACAUUUAGGAGAAGCUCAUUGGUCAUAUGGUGUUACACAAGGUGACCUAGAGAAAUUACUGAGACUGAAAACGUCCGAAGUAUCAGAUGGCGAAGAACCUAAAAAUACUCGUCCAGUAAUAUCGGAAUCUGAUAGCAGCAGUGAUGAUUCUUCUGAUAGUGACAAGGCCGAUCGGGGCGAGGAUUACGUAGUGAAUAUUGACGAUAGUAAAGCGGACACCCUGUCGACGACCACUGAUACUCUAAUUAACGAGGAAUGCAGUGAUGAAGGAGACUAUUUCUCUGUUACAUCAGGUGCUUCCGGUGAACGUAGUAAUUAUGAUAACGUUAGCAUUAAGUCCAUAUCUUCAUUCGACGGUAUGGUUCCGUACCAAAAAUAUGACAGUAUUACAGUGUCCUCAGACGAGUUCGGUUCCGAGGUGUGCCAUGCGCCAGACACCGAGUUCCUUACAGUGAGUGCAGUGAACGAGUGGUGUGUUACAAAGUCUGCGGAACCGGUAUUGCUAGCAGUGGAAUCGAAAAAGGAGAAAUAUCGACGGCGACUGACAGAAAGAGUAAAUGAGUUGCUUCACACCGAGAGCGUGUACGUGGAACGACUGAGGCAUGUGGUCGAGAACUACAUUCCCGAAAUGGGCAGAGAUGACCUUCCCAACACCCUCCAGGGUAUGAAGACUGACAUUUUCGCCAACAUCGAGCGUAUCUUCAGGUUCCACUCCGAAGAGUUCCUGCCGGCUUUACAAGACUGUGAGAAUGAUCUCAGAAAGUUGGGACAAUGUUUUAGGAAGUUCGAGCAAAAAUUCAAUAUGUACGUAAUGUACUCCAGAGGUAAUAAGAGAGCUACGAGACUGGUAUUUGAGCACAAACAAUUCUUUCAGGAGAAACAAUUAGAAUUAGGCGAUAGAUUAGACUUAUCAAGCUACCUGCUAGAACCAGUGCAAAGGAUACCCAGGUACAAGUUGUUCAUCGAUGACCUCGUGAAGACGUAUACUAAUUACGAGAAUGAAAGAAGCGAGUCGGAUUCGAAUAUUUCGAAGCUGAGUGUGGACAGCGACGAGACGGGCGGGAGCAACGGCGAAUCGGAGGGCGAGGAGUCGCCGCUCGAGAGCCUGAAGCUGACGAAGGCUAUGAUCGAGUGCGUGCUCACCGCCGUCGACGGCAUCAUGGCGCUCGAGAACAUCAGGGACUGCCCGCCUCAGAUAAACCUCAUGAACCAGGGCCGGUUGCUGCGGCAGCAGGAGUUCUACGCUAUGGACAGCGCGCGUCGACGGCGCCAGCUUAUGCGGAUAUUCCUCUUCGACAAACUAGUGCUGCUCACUCUAGUCUACCGCAAGCAACCGACAGUGGAGUUCUUCUUCUACAAAGACCAUAUUCCUGUGGACGAUCUCGGCAUCACGGCGAAAGAAGUAGACCAGUAUAAAUUUACUAUUUGGUACAAGAAACGGAAUAUGAAGUCCUACAAGUUGGAGACCAGGGACCCGGCCGUGCGGAGCGCCUGGGUCGAGGAGAUCACGUCGCUUCUGUGGGAACAGGCUAUGCAAAAGAAAGAACUACUCCUCCAGCAACGAAAUAAAAGGAUUUCAAUGGUAUCUAUGAACAGUCAGGACUCAAACGAAGACGACAGAAAUGAUGACAAAUGUCUAUUAGAUGGUUUCGUAUACGUGAAGUUGCAUCGAUGAGUUGCUUUGUAGACAAUUCACUUCGCGGCGUGCCAGGUGAAGUUCGACGAUCAAGUGAUAAAAAAGUCCGAAGAACUACUUGGUACUGUGAAUGAAAAUUCCUAUACUUUAUUGAAACUUGGGUUCUCUUCUGUUUAACGCUGACAUCCUUUCAAAGGGGAAAGUAUUUAUGAACUUCGUUUAUUGUUUAAGAAGUAUGACGUAUUAAGUAGGUGGAAUAAUAAGUACUUAUG